AUCGCGCUCCCAUUGGAAACAUUGAUCUCACUUGUCUACUGGCCUAUAUUUUUGUAUGACCCGUCACUGAUCUUGCCACCACCUCCAGCCGUAAAAUUGACACUUUCAUCCGAUUUAUCUCUACACCUCUUUCCAGCUUUACUUUUAUGGACCGAUCAUAUUUUCUUUUCUUCUGGUCUUGAUAUCUCUAAUGCAAUUUGGAUCAUCAUUCUAUUUACGAUGUUAUAUUCUUCUUGGAUUGAA